ACUGCUUUAUUACAGACAAAGGCUUUGUAAAUUGAUUUUAUUUUAAAUACAGGCCAUAUUUAGUAAUUAUCUGAGCUUUACUGCAAGCAUUUCAGGGUAUGAAAUGUCCUAAAUAGUUGUUAAACCGACGAAUAACCACUUUACUUGACAAUCGGACACAGCCCUGUGGUGGUGUAGGUAGCAGGGCAUAGGGAGUGUUGACUCUGAAUGGAACGUGCCCUCAGAGUGAGGCUGUUUGCUAGCUAGCUGUUGAUGGAGCAGCUGCUGUUCUCGGCCCUCGUAAUGGCCAUCGUCAUUAUUUAAAUUAAUUCAUCCACUCAUUCGGAGUUGAUAUGAAGGCGGGGGCCUCCUGUAUGUGGGCAUCGUGCUGUGGUUUGCUGAAUGAGGUCAUGGGCACCGGGGCAGUGAGGGGGCAGCAGCCAGGCUUCGGGGGCGCUGGACCAUUCCGCUUUGCUCCAUCUGCGGGAUACUCCACGUACCCCCCUAACCCCGCCAGCCAGGUGUGCCAUGCGUGUGGACAGACCUUCUCUGUCUUCAGGAGGAGGCACGUCUGCUGUGACUGUAAGAAGAGUUUCUGCUCACUGUGCUCAGUGCUGCAGGAGAACCUGCGCAGGUGUGCUACCUGUCACCUGCUGAAGGGGACGGCUUUCCAGCGGCCGAGGUUGAUGCGUCUGCGGGUUAAAGAUUUAAGGCAGUACCUAAAGCUCCGCAACAUCAACACGGACACAUGCAGGGAAAAGGAAGACUUGGUUGAUUUGGUGAUGUGCCAUCAAGGGACAGAGAGUGAGGAUGAUCCAGACACACCCACACUACAGACACGCCCACUUUACAGCUCAUCCACAACAGACCCAGGCCCGCUGCUCUCACCUUCACAUGGAGAACCAGUCAGCAGUAGCGACAGCUCAGAAUCCUCCAAUCAGGACGCUGACUCUACUUCACUUUUCAACCUUGAGCCGACAGAACACACACCAGAGGUGGGACAGGUGAGUCCGGUGGUGCGAAGGUCAGGACGGGCAUCCCUCUCUGAUCUGUCCAGUGUGGAGGAUGUGGAACAGCUGACUGUCAGACAACUGAAGGAGAUUCUGGCCAGAAACUUUGUGAACUUCUCAGGCUGCUGUGAGAAAUGGGAGCUGGUGGAGAGAGUGAGGAGACUGUACCGUGAAAGUGAAGACAACCGCAAGUCCAUGGAGAAUGUGAGCAGUGCCGUUAAUGCAGUCGUAGCUUUACCCCCUCCAAUCUGCAACAGAGUCGGAGAUGUUGGCCGGACACAGCUGUUCAAUGAUGAGAACCUGUGCCGUAUUUGUAUGGACGCUGUAAUCGACUGUGUGCUGCUGGAGUGUGGUCACAUGGUCACCUGCACCAAGUGUGGGAAGCGCAUGAAUGAGUGUCCGAUCUGCAGGCAGUACGUGAUCCGCGCCGUUCACGUCUUCAAAUCCUAACAGCGUCCUGAGAGAUACUCAACCUCUUCAGGAUACUGGCACUUUAAAGCAGCAGAUCAGUAAAUAGUCACAGUGAACAGUACUGUGAUUGAUCACUUGGCUAACUGGGUCCAUUAGCCAAGACUUGGUUUGGUAUCUGCUGUUAGUAUCUUCUUUAGUGUACAACAGGAAAUGCUGAUUGGUGAAGUACAGUCAGGUCCAGUACUUGUUAGCAACAUUAGCUAGUAUAUCCUGUUGUCUACUUAAAAGGCACACAUCUAAUGUCAACCAACCAUGUCUAGAUUGAUCGACUUUAUUUGGGCUCAGUGAUAAGUCACGAUCUUUGGAUUUUCACUGAACUGUUCCUUUAAGUUCAGGUCAGACGUUUACUGAAGAAGUCUGAGAGAACGUGUUGGUCCAGUAAGUGGACUGAUGCUCGACAGCUUCAGCAGAAACACUCAGCGUGAACCUGCUCAACAACAAUAUGCAAACAUUCCACAACACACACAGCCUCUACCGAAGUCCAGGCACUUUGGAUGGACACAUAUGGGACAGUGUGAGAACAUUAGAGACUCAAGAGCUGCUUCUGUGAGAUGGAUCCAGGUCAUACCUCAUAACUCAGGAUGGAAAUUUGGAAAAAAAACAACUUAUGUGUUUGUGUGUCUGUUUCUCCUGGUUGCAUCAUCUUGUUUGUCUCUUUUUCUUUUUUCCAGGAAUAGUUCAACCGUGCUAACUGGUUGCUUUUUGACACCUUUAGAAGAAAUUUUGGGGGUAACCCUGGGGCAAUUCUUUUUUCUUUUUUAAAGCAGUCUGUUGAUUUAUUGCCUGUGUGAAUCAGACUGAGUGUUUCAGCAGGGAGGGAUGCCACAUCCACCAUUUCUGCACUAGGCCCUGGUCCCAGACAUGCUGCACUUUAAAAAGGGAAGAGCUCCUGCUGCAGAGUGAUCUCUGAAAUCUGGUUUCACACAGGUGCAUGAGGUGGAUUAUUUUAAAUAUUAUCAUGUGUUUCUAGCAGACAUGAAUCAAAAUACUGAGUUAUUUUAUUAAAUUGUAUAUACAAAACAGACUGAUUUAAACAGACACAGUUAAAAUGUCUCAGUAACAUUACAUUUUAUGACUGUCCUGAGUGAUGAUGCACUGCUCUAUCUAAAGGGAGAAUCUGAAUUAGGUGCCAAAUGUGUGUGUGUGUCUGUGUGCGUGUGCGUGUGUCUCUCACCUUCUGUAAUGUGUCAGUUCAAUUCCUUCCACAGAAAAAUGAAAAUUAACAAAAAAACAUUCUGAUGACAUUUUCUCCCAAGUAUGAUUUAAUAUAGCAUGAUAAUUAUAUUGUACUUAUCAAUAAUAUUUCAUCUAAAUUCUUACUUCAAAGUAAUCAUGACUUAAUAUAUCAAAGACAAAUGAUCAGUAUUUCGUAAUUACAAGGUGACUCAUGUUUGGGAUCAUGUUGUGUGUACUACUAUAAUUCUGAUUAUUCAAUAUUAUUAAGAUAUUGACUUAUAAUUUAAUUUACUAACACUCGAUUUACUUUUUACUAAUAAUUGGCUUAAUGUCUUUCCCAGUGGCUUCUAUUCUGUAGCCGUUUCUGAGUGUGUGUGUGUGUGUGUGUGUGUGUAUGUGUGUGUUUGUGUGUACAUGUUAAUAUAAUUACCCUGGUGUGACUUGAGAUUCAUAUUAACCCGAAAUGCUAAAUGUUCUGAUGAGUGGUUAUUUUUAUGCAACUAAUAUUGAAAUUGUAAAAUUGCGUUCUAGAUUUACAGAAUCACGCACAACCAGACUCCCUCUGCAGGGCCUUCACUCUUUAUUAUACACUUCAUUACCUUACACUAACUCCUUAUCUCCUUUUAAUGUGAAAUUAAACUCAUACAGCUCUGAACAAAAAAUUAAGAGACUGCUGCAAAAUAAUCAGUUUCUCUGAUUUAUAGGUAUAUGUUUAAGUAAAAUGAACAUUGUGGUUUUAUUCUGUAAAUUAUUCUGUAUUUAUUUUCAGAAAAUGACAAAUAACAAUAAGAUGCAGUGCUUUCAGUCCAUAAAAAAUGCAAAGAAACCGAGUUAAUAUUCAUUUAUACAAUUUUUUUUUAUCUAAGGAAGAGUUCAGAAUCAAUAAUUUGUAGAAUAACCCAGAUUCUUAAUCACAGUUUUCACAUGUCUCAGUAUGCUCUCCACCAGUCUUACACACUGCUUUUGGACAACUUUAAGCCACUCCUGGCACAAAAUUCAAGCAGUUGAGCUUUGUUUCAAGGAAGCAAGGUUUCUUCCAGGAUAACUCUGUAUGCGUCUUGAUUCAUGCGCCAUUUGCAAAGACCAAACUUUGAAAGUUUUCUUUGCUUUAUUUAAGGUUUAAAAAAACUCCAUCUGUUUCAUUAUUUUGAUCAUUUCUCAUUUCCUGCAAAUAAAUGCUUUAAAUGACAUUUGUAUUUGUAACUUGGAAGAAAUGGCGUCAGUAGUUUAUAGAAUAAAACCACAAUGUUCAUUUUACUCACAUAUAUCCCUAUAAAUAGUAAAAUCAGAGAAACUGAUCAUUUAGAAAAUUUCUAAUUAUAAUUUUUUUUUUGUCAGAGCUAUAUGAGAGGUCCAACAUUAAUAACAACAGUGAGACUCAAAUACAACAAAAAAAUUAACACUAAUAUGCUCUUUAUCAUAUGAUGCAGUCCUGAGCUAAUGCUUUGGGGCACAUUCUGACCCAUUUACCAAAAAAUAUUCAGUCAAACGAUCAGUCAGUGGCUACACGCUUGCAUGUAGGGUUAGCAUUGCUAGCAUGUUCCUGUCAGGGUUAGCCGUGCUAGCAUGUUUUUUUCAGGGUUACCCGUGCUAGCAUGUUCUUUUAACAUUUGACUGUGACUUUAUGAUCAAGUUUUCAAGCUCUACACUUUGUAGUUGCUAUUUCGCACACCAGAUUCUGCCAACUAAUAUGUUCCUUCACAGUUACUCUGCGUUUGGCCAAGCUUUACCCAACAAACCCUGUUCAGACCUGAGUUUUUCUAUAUAAUAUAAAAAAUAAUAUUUCCAUUGGACCACGACAGUGUUAAUUCAGAGUUGUUACACAAUAUAUUCAGUUUAAAUGCUCUGCUACAGAGCAGGACUACACAACAAACAACAAUUUAGCCAGCAUGCUAAUAUAGCAACACAGUUACACUACAAAAAUAGUGACCUUUCUCUCUCUCUCUCUCUCUCUCUCUCUCUCUCUCACACACACACUCGCACACACACACUCGCACACACAUCCCCCAGAUAAAUGUCAUUAAAAAAAAAAGAAUAAUACACUACCGUUAAAUAGUCUGUUCACCUCAGAAACCAGAGCAAUACCAUUUCACCAGUAUGUUGUUUGUGUGUUUCUAACUGACAUUGCAAGAGAUAAUAAUGGAAAUAUGUGCUGCAUAUUAUGUUUUCCUUCUGUUUCUUCAAUACUCUGUAUAUGUUCUCUCAGAUAUGUUUAUUUUUCUUAUAAAAAAGACUUUACCUGUAUAUUUAAUUAAUUAUGAAUUAAUAACCAACCAAUAGUUGCAAGUUCUUACCCACCCUUGUGGUAAAAUAAUAAAAGAAGUUUGGUUUGA